AUGUCACGACUCCGCUCGGACACGUUCAUCAAACCAGGCUCAGAAAGCAGUUUCGACAGCGAGGAACUUUCCGCAAGAAGGUUUUUCUCAUUUUUCGUUUUUCCAAAAUUUCCACUAUUCGAGGUACGCUGAACCGACGCUCAAUGCAUACUGCUGUGUGGGAAGUGUAUCUGUCAAGGUUCAUUUUUUUUUUUUUGAGCGAAUUUAAACUUUUUUCAGCGUGCUGUCAUACUUUCAGCAUUCUUGACAUCCUUACAGGCGACUUCCAAUUUUUUCUUAUUGUUGAAAGGUACGUUUGCAUAAUUUCAGUUCAUAGGGGAAUAAUUUUUUUAAUUCCCCAAAAACUAAAAAAUAACUAAGAAAAAGGGAAUUCUAAAGAACUCCAGAGUGGUCCCUAUAGGAGCAGCCUUAGGGCACUUGGAGGGUCCCUUUUAGGGCCGCUAAUGCAUCCAAAAGUGGUCCCUUUAGGGUUUAGAUAGUGACCCUAUAGGGGGACAAGCCUGCCGAUAUUUUUCAUGAACUCUAAGCGAAGAAGCAUUUAAAUGGGAAACAAACUAAAUACAUAAGCUUUCCGAUGAAAAUGAAAGAACCCCUGUAGGGUCCACUUUGAGCUUUAGGGACCCUAGCUGCUAAAAAAAGUCACUUUUUCGGCCGCUUUACGGGUUUUUCUGUCUCCUAAGCCCUAUAGGGGCCACUCGGGAAUUCCUAUGGAGAAAGGAAUUUAACUGAGUUGUUUUCCUAGAAACCUACUGUAUAUUUGAGACUUUUUUGAUCCAAAAACUACAUUUUCUUUCUCCAAAUAUCAGAAAAAGUAGUGUUUCCAAUAUCUUUCCAGAGCCAGGAGUUGUUUAGAAGUCGCACACAUAAAAGUUCUUUUGAAACUCACGACAUUCUCAGGCAUUCAAGGUUGAACGACAUUACAGGAUGUGGAAUAACGAUGGUGGACAUUGGUCUUGCCUUCUUUCCGAUCAUCAGCGGCACAAUCGCUGUUUCUUUUCUCACUUUUGCAUUAGUUCAUCACAGCGCGGUUUCAUUAAAACCAUUUAUUAUCCAUCAAGUAGGUCUGUGAACCUUCCUCUAAUUCCCCAUUUUUCAGGUUAUUUUUUUGAUAGUUUCCAUAUCAAUUUUCGCUUUCUACAUAUUAUUGCUGUUUCGGCAGCCAGUGGCCGUCAACUUCAUAAACUUGGCGGCUAAUUAUUCUAGCACUGCUCUGUUUUUAAGUAAUGUCGGUCAGUUUUUCAGAAGCUUUGAUUUACGGUUUUUUUGAUUUUUCAGCGGGUGUGAUGCGCCUGGUUGUUGGAUUUCUUUUUGUCGCUCAAAUAUCGGUCAACGUGUUUUGUCUACACAUCGCACUCGGUUUAUACAUGAUUCUUGACAAUGUUGUUCGUUAUGUCAGUGCAGACUGUACUGAAGUAAUUUGA